CUGCAAUUCCGUCCAUUGGUCGAGCAAGAUUCGAAAACUCUGCAGAGGCUGCUUCCGGAGAUACCCAUGUGGGUGAAAAAAAUCCAGACUACGAUCGUGUUGACUGGCUCAACAAAUUUAUUGAGCUCAUGUGGCCUUACCUGGACAAGGCAAUUUGCAAAACUGCGAGGACCAUAGCAAAACCCAUUAUUGCUGAGCAAAUUCCGAAAUACAAAAUUGACUCCGUCGAGUUUGAAGUGCUUUCCUUGGGCACCCUACCGCCAACUUUUCAAGGAAUUAAAGUGUAUGUUACCGGUGAGAAGGAAUUGAUAAUGGAGCUACAACUGAAGUGGGCAGGAAAUCCUAACAUCCUUGUUGCAGCUAAAGCAUUUGGUUUGAAAGCCACGGUUCAGGUGGUUGAUUUGCAAGUGUUUGCUUGUCCACGCAUCACCCUGAAGCCUUUGGUUUCAGCCUUUCCUUGUUUUUCAAAAAUUUUCGUGUCUCUGAUGGAGAAGCCACAUGUUGACUUUGGAUUAAAACUGCUUGGAGCAGAUGCUAUGGCUAUUCCUGGCCUGUAUAGGUUUGUCCAGGAGCUUAUUAAAGAACAAGUGGCAAACAUGUACUUAUGGCCCAAAGCACUAGAAGUACAAAUCAUGGAUCCCACAAUGGCUAUGAGGAAGCCUGUUGGGAUUUUGCAUAUAAAAGUUCUUAAAGCAAUGAAGCUUAAAAAGAAAGAUUUCUUAGGAGGAGCAGAUCCAUAUGUGAAAAUCAAGCUCACUGAGGACAAGCUUCCUUCAAAGAAAACAACUGUGAAACACGGCACUUUGGACCCUGAAUGGAAUGAAGAGUUUAAUUUCGUAAUCAGAGACCCAGAGACUCAAGCAUUAGAGUUGAUGGUUUAUGAUUGGGAAAAGAUUGGCAAGCAUGACAAAAUGGGUAUAAAUGUCAUUCCACUGAAAGAACUUACACCUGAAGAGCCUAAAGUUGUGACUCUUGACAUACUGAAGAGCAUGGACCCCAAUGAUGCUCAAAAUGACAAGUCACGUGGACAGCUUCUUGUGGAAUUGAUCUAUAAACCCUUUAAGGAGGAUGAGAUGCCUAAAGAUGAUGAAGAUCCAAAUGCUGUACAAAGGGCUCCUGAAGGAACACCUGCAGCUGGUGGUGCGCUUGUAGUUACCGUCCAUGAAGCUGAAGAUGUGGAAGGAAAGCACCACACUAACCCACAAGUGCGCAUACUUUUCAGGGGCGAAGAGAAAAGAACCAAGCUUGUCAAGAAAAAUCGGGAUCCACGAUGGGAAGAGGAGUUUCAGUUUAUAUUGGAAGAGCCACCGAAAAAGGAGAGGCUUCAUGCUGAAGUGGUUAGCCACUCCUCAAGGAUGGGGCUGUUGCAUCCCAAGGAAACUCUUGGAUACGUGGACAUAGACUUGGCGGAUGUUGUUAGCAACAGAAGAAUCAAUGAGAAAUACCAUCUGAUAGACUCGAAGAAUGGACGGCUUCAACUCGAGCUGCAA